CACGUGGACCAGUUAACUGCACCUGCCUGCAGACAACAAAGCGCGCUCCCGUGCCACUCGGGGCCGUGCGCGUCCCUGGUACUGGGGAAAACUUACCAGGGCGCGCGCCUCCCCGCCCCUGGGAAGAGCGCCCGGCGCGCACACCUCUCUGUCUCAGCUGGUUUCCAGGCCACAUCCCCGGCCGGCAAGAGUGUAAGUGACGGGACGACGAACCAAUCACCUGCCUACCAGGGACGGCGGGUGCGACGUGAUGGGGCGGGCGAGGAGGAGCCCAGCACCCGUUAACAGAGGGCGGGGUUACUUCCGAGGACAACGCCAGAAGCCACUCCGAACACAGGGAUGGAGAGACUGACAGCUGGCUGAGCCAAUCAGCGUGCAGCGGCAGCAUAGCGGGUCGGCAAGACAGGCCGCACCGUUGCUGCUCUUGGCUGCAGUUUUAGGAAUAUAUUGAAGAAACCAUGGACAAUCAACAGGAUUUCAUUAGCAUCUCAACUUGCAGUGGAAUUUCUGUUCCUGAAAAGAAAAUCAACUCCUUAGUAGCUGAAGAUCAUGGUCAGCAAAUUCUAAAUGUACUGCAAAGUUUCAGAAAAAAUAAUAUCUUUUUUGAUUUUAAAAUACUUGUGAAAGAUGAAAUAAUCCCCUGUCAUCGUUGUGUACUAGCAGCAUGCAGUGACUUUUUCAGAGCCAUGUUUGAGGUUAACAUGAAAGAAAGAGAUGAUGGGAAUGUUACUAUUAGUAAUUUAUCACCCAAGGCAGUGAAGGCUUUUCUCGAUUAUGCCUAUACAGGAAAAACUGAGAUAACAAAUGAUAAUGUGGAAAUGUUCUUCCAGUUGUCAUCAUUUCUUCAAGUUUCACACCUCUCCAAAGCUUGCAGUGAAUUUCUAAUAGAAAGUGUUGAUCUUGGGAACUGUUUACAAUUGUUGUCUAUAUCAGAAAGUUAUGGUUCUGUUCAUUUGUUUGAUCAUGCACUAGAGUUUGCACAGCACUGCUUUUCCUUGCUACUCAAAUCUAGUGAUUUCUUGGAGAUGAAUUUUGAGAUAUUACAAAAAUGUAUUGAAGCAGAUGAGCUAUAUGUCCCUGAGGAAGAAUCUGUGUUGAAAGCUGUCCUGCUGUGGACCAAACAUAAUUUAGAAACAAGACAGAAGCAUCUCCAUCACUUGAUUAAAAAAGUGAGAUUACAUCAGUUAUCUGAAAAGACACUGAAGGACUUGUUGCAUUCUGAAGAAUAUUUGCUUCAGAGCACUGACUGCUUAGGAAUAAUCAAUGAUGCAAUUAAAAGUGUACAAAACUCCAGUGGACUAUUUCCAGAUGCUCGUCCUUCAACAACAGAAAAAUAUAUAUUUGUUCACAAGACUGAAGAAAAUGGGGAAAACAGACACACAUUUUGCUAUAAUAUCAAAACUGAUAAAUGGAGAGAACUGCCCCACACACACAUCAUUGAUCUGCCAGGGUCAAGUUUAUCUAGUUAUGGAGAAAAAAUAUUUAUAACUGGUGGGUGCAAAGGGAACUGCUGUAGGACUGUUAGACUUCAUAUUGUUGAACCCUUUCAUGAUGCCACUGAUCAGACUUGGUGCUACUGCCCAGUCAGCAAUGAUUUCUCCAUAGUGUCAACUAUGAAAAAACCAAGGACUAUGCACACAUCUGUCGUGACUCUAAAUCAGUUAUUUAUAAUAGGUGGAAAGACUAAAGGAGCUCAGGACAUCAGAAGUCUUUUGGAUGUGGAAUCUUACAAUCCUCUCUCCAAAGAAUGGAAAUCUGUAAGCCCGUUACCAAGAGGCAUAUACUAUCCAGAAGCAAGUGCAUGUCAAAAUAUAAUUUAUGUCCUUGGUGCUGAAGUAGAGAUUACUGAUGCCUUUAAUCCAUCUCUGGAUUGUUUCUUUAAGUACAAUGCUAUGACUGAUCAAUGGUCUGAGCUUGUAGCAGAGUUUGGGCAGUUUUUUCAUGCAACUUUAAUCAAAGCUGUUCCAGUGAACUGCACAUUGUAUAUAUGUGACCUUUCCACCUACAAGGUUUAUAGUUUUUGUCCAGAAACUUGUGUUUGGAAAGGGGAAGGAUCUUUUGAAUGUGCUGGCUUUAAUGCAGGAGCAGUUGGAAUAGAAGAUAAAAUUUACAUACUAGGUGGUGACUAUGCUCCAGAUGAAAUUACAGAUGAAGUACAAGUCUACCAUAGCAACAGGUCUGAAUGGGAAGAAGUCACACCAAUGCCAAGAGCCUUAACUGAGUUUCAUUGUCAGAUGAUUCAGUUUAAUAAAUACAGAGACCCAUGGUCAUCUGUAAGGCAGUGUACUCUGGAGCAUUUUGAAACAUUAUGAGUUAUAACAGUCUACUUAAAUGCACAAGUAUUUAAAACAUAUUAUUUUUAGCUGUUGCUAUAGUUUUUUGCAAAAAGUGUGUAUUAUAUUAUAAACUUGUUCUAUUGAUAACUUAUGUUGUAGAAUUGUUUGUUUUUAUGGUAAUCAUGUAUAUCAACUUUUACAUAGGGUUUAUAUGCAACUUCUUUUCAGAUGUCAUUUGAAUAAUUUGCAGAGCAACAUCACUUUUCAAGAAGUAAAGUAAUAGGGGUUUAAUUUUGUAAUAUCUAUGCACUGUUACUUGUAUCUUCAUGAAUGCCCCAGUGGAUAAAUCACUGAGCAAGAAAAUUGUGUUGAUAUUUUUCCUUCAUAACUAAUGGAGUAGAAAUAUGAUGAAUUUUUUGUUUAACCCUAGCAGAGGAGCUGUAAACAUCAUUGUGUCAGUUUACCCUUGCUGCAUUGACAACAGCAAGAGCAAAUGCCAGAGGCCUUCACAUUCACAAAGCAUUGACUCUGGAUAUUUCGUGUGAAGGGAAUAAUGAUUUUUACAGUUUUAUUUCAUUGUGGCCUGUUUUCCCUACUCCUGUACUUGCUGUCUUCAUCCUGAAGCUGUUGUCAGACAACCUCUGAGACUGACACCAUUCAGUAAGCAAUUGCUGUAUGGUGUGUGAUUCACACAGCAACCUCCUGCACCUUUGCAGAUUGUCAUCUUGGUAGUGUUGCCAAACACAACUAGGCCAAAAGAGCAAGAUUCUUGAGGUUGCUCUCAAAACUUGGUCUUCUAUCUGCUACAUACUACGACCAUGUCUAUACUACUGGCUAAAUCAGCAUUGCUGCGAUCAAUGCAGCGGUAUUGAUUUAGUGAGUCUGGUGAAGACACGCUAAGUCCAUGGGACAGUGCUGUCCUAUUGACAUCUGUACUCCACCUCCCCGAAAGGUGGAAGCUAUGUCAACGGGAAAGCGUCUCCCGUCAACAAUAGCACGGUGUAAACACUGCUGUAAAUCGACCUAAGUUACGUCUGAAGUAACGUAACUUAGAUUGACUUAUAGUGUUAGCGUAGACCAGCCGUAAGUCACUGGGCUAGCCUCUUCAGUAGUUUGUAUCACAAAUUCUAGAUAUUAUUGCUUCAAUUAACUAAAUUGGAAGUGUGUGUGUUUCAGUGCAUAUAAAAUACCAAAUACAGUACUGAAAAAUACCCAAAACCCCACACUUUUAAAAUCAAAGUGGACAAGUAUUUCUAAAGUCAAGUAAUGGAUUUUUUUUUUUAAAUUGUAAAUAGUCCGUGUUUUAACUGAACUAAAAGACACUUCAAGCUAUGUACUUUCACUUUGUACCUCACAAUCCACCUUAGGUGUAGAAAUACUAUAUGGUAACCACUAGACUAAGUAUAUUGCUUGGAUUUUUUUAACAUAGUAAGCUAUUAUAAUAAGAAUGUUAAACUUGCAAUGGAUUUUUAGUAUUACUAUUCAUCUACAUAUAGUUCCGGGGGCAAAUUUAGCCCCCCACCUCCAAAGUGGAUCUUUCACAGAGGAAGAGGUGCUAAUUAGGGUUGCUGGGUUCCAUGCACAGAGACAAGCAUGGGGAGAUUGGAAAUAAGGAAGGGAGACAGACAUCUGUCCUGUGGAGGGGUACUGGCCUGAAAGUAGCCUUCACAGAAGGGUUUUGUAAUUUUCCACAACAUGGGUGGGAAAGAUUCCUUUUGUUCCCAGUGCUCAGCCCAGCUACUUAGGCCAAACACUGGGGUCUGAAUUUGCCAUAAUGUAUACUGUAGUGACAAUAUAUUUGAAACAGUAAACUCAUGCUAUGCUAGACAGAAUUAUACUAAGCAUUUGGCUAUAGCAUGUACUCUUCUUAAGCAAUGUAAAAAAAUUAAAAUUCCAGGGGGAAAAGCUAUAGAAAUCUUUUCUGAUAGUUGAGACUAUCUGGAUAAUUUUAGAAAAUACCACAUGUGCAUUGGGCUGGCAUUUUGGAAAAGUCAAGUCAGUAUUAAUGUCUGGAAUUGACUCUCUCUUUGUGGCUAUUAUUUGUGGCUAAUAUUUCUGUUUCAAACACUAUACAAUAUAAGCCCCCAAUCCUGCAAUUGGCUAUGCAUAUACACCAUUGAAGUCAGUGGGGCUCUGUGCUGGUGAAUGGGUCUGCCCAACUGAGCCUUUUAGGAUUGGGAUUUAACACAGGUAGUUCAUAGAACUAUAUUAAUAUUUUUAGUCCAGUGCUAACUGCAAAAAAGAGCAGGGUAAAAGCAGAAUCUUAUGCUUUCAUGCAUACAUCCUAGUGAAAGUGUUUUCCAGAAGUGCCUAAUAUACACUGUCUUUCUCUAAUAUUUGAGAUGGCAGAAAUAAGAUUUUAAUUCUUCAGUUGGAUUCUUGUGAUUUUAGUGAGACACGGUGCAUGUGACUAUAGAAUGGUUAAACCUACCAGAUCCCCAUGAGUCUAGUUGCAAUUGACAUCUCCCAUAUGUGCAGGCCAUAAUGGCCACUUUUAACCUAACAUAUCAGUCUUAGAUCAAGAUUGCACCAGUCAGUGCCAGGUAUUCUCAGAUGAUACCUGCUCUAUUACAAGGAAAUAAAGACAAAAACAGCACUGGCUUAAUAAUUUGGUAUUAGACAAGCUGGAUGAAGUUAGCCAACAUUUACUAAGAUGACUUUCAUAAGAACAUAAAUGAAAUUUUGUAAAUUUAAAGAGCCUGUUCUUUAAAUAAAUCUGUAGAAUUUAGGUCAAAUUCUGUUAACAAAAAAUACUAAACAGUUUGCUAUUGGUAUCAAGAGAUUUUAGUGUCAAGAAGGUAACAUCUACUUUUAUACUACUUUUUUUCCCUAGAUAAUCCCCAAAUUAUUUACAAACUAUGCUUAAAUAUGAUGUACUUCACAAUCCUCCCACUGAAAGCAACUGUCACUUGGGUUAGAACACAGCUGUUUGUUCUUAAUUCAGGAAAAGUGAAAAGUAUCAAAUGAAACCGCAAGAAAAAAAUAUAAGUAACUAUAUAGUAUAAUAACCCAGUUUCAGAUUUGAUCAGGACACUGAAGCUAACACUUAUUCUUGCAAAAUCUAGGGUGGAGUCUUUUUUUACAACUUAAUUGUCACGUCUCAUCAAAAAUACAGGGCCUCAUUCUCCACUGCUUUGUCCUUGUCUAGUAGUUUACACCCAUGUAAAGUGAGUAAAAUUGAUGUAAAAUGCUAGGACAUGUUGGAUGUGCAGUUUAUCAAGGUGUAAAUGACAGGUUCAAGGGAAUAGAGAAUCAGGCCCAUAGUAUUUUUAACUAUCACUUGGUGGGCUACAGUCAGCAUUGAGUCAGGGGAAAGAACGACACCAACAGAAUCACAAAUAGUGAUAGCCAUUAUUUAUAUCUGUAUUUCAUCAAAUAUAUAUAUAGUGAUGCUUCACUCGGAUUUUUAUUUGAAAAUAGAUAUGUUCCUUUAAUUUUUUCUUAAAGCUGUGCUAUAUUUUGCAUAUCUAACAAUGACUAAGAAAUGUCUUUAAAUCCAAUAAAAUAUCUGUAAACAAAACCUAUGUAUAAUUUAUGAGAAUGAAACCAUGUGAAAGAGCUGACUGAAAUGAUUUUUUUUUGCUCAUAACUAUAAUUCAAGAGGAAAGCAAAAUUUAAGGCACAGAUAAAAAAGAGGUGGUAGUAGAUGCAGUCAUUAAAAAUUGAAUGUUGUUUGUUUUAAAAUAGCCAGCCAAUUUCUCUGCUAUUGCAGCUACACUGAAGUUAAUGCGGUUAUACCAGAAAAUGAUUUGACCCACUGUUCCAGGCUAAAUCAUGUACAAUGCUAUGUGCUGCCUAAAGAUCAUAAAGCAUUUUACACCUGUGCAUUAAGUGGCUUUAACUUUUCCUCAUCUAUGGCGAGCACGUUGCUGUCCUUAAAGCACAAACAACUAGUAAAUUACACAAUGCAUCCUAUCAGAGGAGUAGCAAUUACCUUUAGAGACAUCAGUGUUACACAAGGGCAUGGAGAGGACAAAUGUAAGACAUGUAGCUUGGUUAAGAAGUUACUUUUGUUCUGCCCUUCUGACACCAAUGUUUCAGUAAUAAAAAUGGAUGUGUGAGUUAAGAUAAUUUGUCAGUUUAACAUAUGCCUUGACUUUAUUCCUAAUUUCCCCACUUCUGUUAUCCCAUGAAUUAGCAACAUUUCUCUCAGUCAUUUCUACUCAACUAUUUUAAAAUGUUUACAUUUCAUACAUCUGUCACAGGUCAGAGCCACGGCACCUGUAUUCCCCCUCCAUGGUACCCUUAAGAGCACCCCUUCUAGGCUCCCAGCUCCUCAGGCAAAGACCCACAUUUCUCUUACUUAUGACUGAGGCUUUUCUAGGCUGCACAGUUCCCUGCCUACACUGUGAUAUCCCCAGCAAGCCAGACCACCUAAAAGGCCAAAGGCCAACGUCUGCACUUUGCUUUCUCUCCAAGGUUAUGAACAGCAUAAUUGUCCAAAAUUAUAAGUUACCAUACAGCUCUUUAUAAGCAAGCACAUUUAUUGUUAAAGUGAAAGCAUUGCAGAAAAAAUAUAAAAACAUAAAAGAAUCUAUAUACAUGUUCAAAAUUCACAACUGAGUUUACCCUGUGUGUUACAAGUUCAUAACUGUCCCAGGUUCAGAACCAGAAGAGCCAUGAAUAGUUCAGUCUUUCCUUUAUAAUAACUUGGGCCUUUGAUCUUGGCCUCAUAUAACAGCUGAUCAGCAGACAAUGACUUAUGCCUCAGGGUAUAACUUCAAAAGACUGGGUUUUUGCAUAACAGGAAGUGAGGAAUUUGCAUUCACUUCUCCCUAGCUAUUGCCCAGGAAAACCACUUAACAUGUGUUCCAAAAGACUGUUUUGUCUGGCACAUUGUUCAAUAUAGUCCUUUAAUACCACCACCACCCCUCUCGGUCUCACACCUGUCAUAGCUCCUCCCUCCCCCCGAGAGGUUACAUACAAUCACAGCCCACAAUAAUACAACUGCAGAUACUAACAAUGAUGGUACACAGAAUCCUGAUAUAUGUUCAUUGGUGACAAAUAAUUACAAAGGAACCGAUCUGGCAGUACUUAAUCAGCUGUAUCUCCCAUGGAGUUCAAUGGGGGCUUUGCCUAACUAGGGACUGCAGAAUUAUCCAAUGAUCAGGGAAUAAUGUGGUAGUGUCAGUUACUUUACAGUUUCCAUUGCCUUGCCUCCAAAGAGUUGUUAGAAUAUGGUGUGAUAUUUAUGUAGCUGUACAAUUUACUAGGGUUAUAAUGGUACUGGAGAAGAAGGUUAAUUGGCCCAAUUCCUGCACUCAGAGAGUGAUAUCUGAGAGCAGAAUUGAGCUCAAUGGUUAGGCAUGUUAAACUAAAAACACGGCUUCAAAAGAUAAGGGACCACAUUCCUGCAAUUCUUGCUCAUGAGUAGUCCUUAGUCAUGUGAGUAAUCUCAUUGAAGUCAAUGAGACUACUCAAAUAGGAAUUACUUUUAUGAGUAAGAGUAUGCUUUAUAAAACUGUUAAUUACAAAAAUUACAAAAAUUAAUGUGAAUACUUUUUUGUAAUUAUUUUCUUUUGACUUCUGUAGACUCUCAAUACAUUAUGAAGAAAGCACAUUCUUUUAGAAAGCCCAGAACUAAACUGGAGAAUGUGAUUGCUCUAAGGAGUAAUAAACAUUACCUGUAUUUUCACAGAAUUAUACUAUCAUGUCUGAAAGAAUAUCAAUUGCAUGUAAAUGUAUAUGGUCUUAUUUGUAUUUAACAUUAAACAGUACAACCGAAACAAGUAAUUUAUAAUAUUGACAUAUUGUACGACAAUAAAUUAACAUACAUGAUUAAUAUAAUAUACAGUCAGCUAACAUAUGUAAUUUCUUUAAUAUCUAUUAGUUAUUUUAUUGAACCAUCUUAAUAUUUUAGGAAUGAUAUUUAAAUGUUAUGACAUGUUGCCAGCAUAAAAGGGUUUAUAUUUUAGUGGUCAUCAUAAAUGUCAAUAUUAAAAUUUAAUAUUUAUUUUAUACUGAGCCAUUAUGUUUGCACAGACUUGGUGGUGUAUUUUAUUGUAUUUAUUUAAUUAUAUAUUAUUUUCUGUAUUAUAAAUAAAUGUUAGUAAUCCAUUAACUACAAGUUAAAGGUUAGUUAUAUUUGCAAGACAAGGUAGCUUUACUGGGUCAAUUUUCCUUCAUGUGACUCCAUGAACUAAGCCUUAAUUCCCAUGAGAAGUACAUAUUACCACAGUAUAUUGAUGGGAGAGACUGGCACAACAAGGAAGAUAUGUUGGCAAAUUUUCAAAGGUGGCCUCUAAUUCUGGGUGUCUUGAGUAUUUAGGUACCCAAAUUGAAAUACUUUGAGACUUUUUUUCAUUAAAAUCAAUGGAGUUGCACCAGGAAUAGAUUUGGUGCAUAUUUAUAUCUGAACUUUUUUUUCACUUUACAAUUCUUUUUCAACAUCUGAUAAAGAGUAUAAGUCAGUAACACUAAUAUGCCAUAGUUUUAUUUGCUCUUUGGGCCUCACUGCUGUGUGGAAAAAAUAUUAGUGAUGAUUAAGGCUGAGACUUUGUCACAGAGGUCACGGAAGCCCAUGAUUUUCUGGGACCUCCAUGACUUCUGCAGCGGCCAGUGUGGCUGGCCCGGGGCCUGCCUGAGCAGCUCGGACGGCCCCCGGGCCAGUCACACUGACCGCUACUGGGGCAGUCUCUGGUCACUGCAACCCCCCAACAGCAGGAGGAGUUUGGGUAUGGGAGGGGGCUCACGGCUGGGUGUUGGGGCACGGGAGGGGGUGAGAGCUCUGGGCAGUGCUUUCCUUGGGGGGGGAGGCUCCCUGGAAGUAGCGACAUCCCUCAGCUCCUAGGUGGAGGCGUGGCCAGGCAACUCUGCAUGUUGCCUCUGCCUGCAGCCACCGCCCCCACAGCUCCCAUUGGCCACCAUUCCUGGCCAAUGGGAGCUGCAGAGCCGGCAGUCGGGGUGGUGGCAGUGCGCAGAGCUGCCUGGCUAUGCCUCCGCCUAGGAGCUGAGUGAAGGGGGAUGUCGCCGCUUUCGGGGAGGCACGGAGCCAAUUAGGGAGCCAGACAGCCCCGCCAACUGCCUCUGCUGGUACCGGCGGAGGUCCCGAGCUGUGCGCUGCUACCCACCCUUCCUCCCAGCACCAGCAGCCCCCAACCCCAGCACCCCCAGGCAACCCUACCUCCCCGAGAUUUGUCAGGGGUAUAUAGUACAAAUCAUGGACAGGUCACAGGCAAUUAAUUUUUGUUUACUGCCCGUAACCUGUCCAUGACUUUUACUAAAAAUACCCAUGACUAAAACAUAGCCUUAGUGGUGAUACUACGUGUUUGCUGAAAUAUUCAUGCAUUUGUGAAAUAAAAGCACUGAACAUUUGAAUCUUCCUUUGGUAUGACUUUCUUCCAAGGUGCAUCUCAGAAUAUAGAGAACCUACAGCAUAGUUAAUUAAGUUAGCCAUUUAGGGACAGAGCAAUCCUUUUCUGUCAUCAAUUUGUUGCAUGACCAUAUGACUUUACAUGUCCUUGGCACCAAGCAGAUGGGCUGCACUGCUGUACUAUGUUACAAUUUGCUUUGAAAUAAUGAGAUAGUUACUGUCAUCACUGAUAAUGCUAUGGUACUAUGUUCUCAUUGUUAAAAACCUUGUUUUUCUUUUUUGACAAAUAUUUCUAUGAUCUUAAAAGUCUUUAAACCCAUUUUCUGUCACAUUUAAACUUAUGGCUGGAUAAUGGGAAUGACAUGUUCUGCUUCUCUUGUCCUUCGUAUUCUGCUAUUGUCACGUCUGCAUUUAGGUACAAAAGUAAUUUCCCUCCCUCGCCCCAUGUUAUAUGUGCCAGUAACACUUAGUUCCAACAAGUUCUGUUAUUACCAGGGAUUCUAGAAAUCCAUUUGCCACAGAAAAACGUGGAAUUUGUGUUUUUACAGAGAAUCUUUAACUUUUACAUUUCAUGAAAAAAUAAAAGCAUAUAUUAACUAUU